AUGGCAUCGACUUCUGCAGAGGGAAGCGCGAAGAGAAGGCCACGUCGAGACGACGACCACGAUGACGACGACAAUGUCACUCGCCAUGCCCGUGGCAGGCGCCGUCAAGAUGCUGACCAGCAUGGCAAGAGGCGACGGCGAGACGCCGAUCAUCGUCACAGGAGCCAUCGCUCAGCAUCUGCAAAUCCAGAUGCAAGCGCUGCCUCUGCCAGCGACAGCGAGGGCAACAGCAGUAGCAGCAGCCACUCUGCACCGACAGCAGCGCCCAAAGUCCUCUCGCUGGGUAGCUCGCCCAUCUCCUCAUCGUCGUACUAUUCCCAUUCGCCCGAGUUCAGGCACUGGCUUGUCAAUGUAUACGGUCCGGACAAGGACAGGAAGCAUUCUUCAUCUCGUCGUCCCCGCGAAUACGGCCUCGACUCCCUCUCAUCAAAGGAAGCUCAUCGUCUCUUCGAACGGCGUUUCGUGCGUCAGUGGAAUGCCGGCAAGCUACACGACGAUUACUACCUGGGCAAGAUCACCUCGGCUUCGUCGUCCUCGUCGCGUCAUUGGAAGUUUGUCAGCAACCGCUCUUCGAAGGACCAGGAUGAAGUGGCCGCUAUGCGUGAUGUAGUGGAUCGCAUGACCAACGGAACCAGUCGAGGGGCACUCGAAAUGCGAAAACUUGAGGCCCAGAGAUUUGGAGCAAGAGCAGCACCAGCAACAGCGGUGGCAUCGGCAGCAGUCCCAGCCCAAGCACCAGCCGUAGUGGCACCAUCAUCAUCGUCACGGCAGCAUAGCGACACCCAAUACGAAGCUGAAGUUUCACGCGAAGCCUCACGACGCGCCUCGCAGGCUCAAAGAAAGGCCGAGCGACGAGAUGCUCGAGAGCGCGACGAGGAGCUCAACCCGCGAGCUACAGGGAGAGAGGCUAAUAUGGAAAGAAGGAGGCAGCGCAAUGCCGCCAAUCGCGAUUUUGAUGAAGCCAGAAAGGGUGGCGGGGAUGUCGAGUUGCCAGAAUCCACGCUCAUGGGCGGCGGAUCUUCUUUCCAGGAUGCUAUGGCAGCCCGCUCCAGAUCUACGGCCAAGCGUGACGCUAAGCGUGCAGAAAGGGAGGAAGAGAUGGGGCAGCGUCGUAGCGAGUAUCGGGCAAAAGAGGACUCGACCAUGGAGAUGUUCAGGGCCAUGGCGCGGGAGCGAUUCGGAUAG